GGUGAGUGACAGUCGGUCACUGGCUCUGGCACUUUGCGACGCCUAAAGAAUCCUAUACAGCCAGUGAGAUCAGGGCUUAACCCGCUCCUCAAAUCUGAACAGCCAAUUGCAGAGGUAAAUGGGAGGACCUAAGGCGCUCUUGUGCAUCCAACGUGGGACUGUGGAAUGAUCAGCCUGAAAAAAGGAAAGUAACUGAAGAGGGGAAAAACUCAUGGUGGAGACGUAAGGACCGGGAGACUACAUUUGCUUAAUACUCGGAUCGCCGGGAUUUAUUUGAACACAGACUGCACCCGAUCACUGCACACCCUGCAGACCCGUUAGACGUAGACGGCGGCGGCUUGUAUGUUAAAAGUUGGAGUUGUUCGACAUGAUGAGCGAAGUGCUUCGCGGAAUACAGCGCUCGUAUUGACAUUGCGUUUGCGUCAAUGUUGUUGCUUCAUUUCAAAUCGUCUGGACAGUUUGGAACAUUUUCUGAAGUUACCUUACCGACCUGGGUCCGAGUCGGGAUCGACUCUCUCAUCCGAGGCGGUCCGGGCAACACUUUCCCUGUAACAUAAAGUUGAUCAACAGUUACUUUGGGAGCCGUCUCGUAGCGUGUCCUCUACCUUUCUCAACGUCCAGUCACCGAAGAUGUUAUUCAGGGAGACAAACGUUGUUUUCAGAGGGAAACUUCGUCCCCAACAUGUUCCGGACAUUCACCUAUAACUUUUAUUAAAAAAUCGGGGCGCCUAAAAUAUUCUAUGAAGCUUUUUUUUUUUUUUGCUGGUCAAAUUGUGAAUCACCUUUUUUGGUUUCAGCCCGCGUUGGCAAAGUUGGACUAAGAUCUCGAGUACUCAAUUAGUAGUUUAGGACGUUUCUAUACACAAUUUGCUCACACAAGAAGGUGUUUUAGGUGCCUUUUUAAAAAAGUACUUUAUCUUCAGUAUUUUUUUUCAAUUUGUGGAUAACAGGGGAGAUGAGUAGCCGCUCCAUUAAACCUGGAUACAAAAUGGCGGCGUCCCUGGAACGAAUUGGAACUGUUUCUUCUCAUUAUGUUUUUUAUUUAGUUCUUUCGCUCCAACUGCUUAUCAAUGUGGGACUGAGUGCUGAUGCACGGUGUGUACAGAACUGUACUUGCGUUGGAGAUUCGGUGGACUGUAGCAAAUUGGACUGGUCGUCGAUCCCGCUGGACCUUCCAGUUGGGACAGUUUCCUUAAAUCUUGGACACAACAAGCUCACCAGCAUAAAUUACGAAGCCUUGGCCAACCUUCCCAACCUGCGAGAACUGCGUCUGGACCACAAUGAACUGACCUCCAUACCAGAGUUGGGACAGGCGGCCUCCACGAUUGCAUUGCUCUACCUACAUCAUAAUAAGAUCCGCAGCAUCGAUGGCACCAGGACCAGAGAGCUAGGGUCGGUGGAAACCCUGGACCUCAGCAACAAUGAUAUCACUGAGUUGCGCACUCACUGCUUCCCCGCGGGCCUCCGAAUCAAAGACCUGUACCUGAGCAGCAACAAGAUCAAUGUGUUGGAACUGGGGUCUCUGGACCACCUCGGGUCCACGCUGCAGGUGCUCAGACUGAGCAGGAACCGGAUUGGCCAGGUCCCGGUACGGGCCUUCCAGCUGCCCGGCCUCACCCAGCUUGAGCUGAACAGGAACCGCAUCCGUCAGAUAGAAGGGCUGACCUUCCAGGGUCUCUCCAGUCUGGAGGUGCUCAAGCUGCAGAGGAACAACAUCAGCAAGCUGACGGACGGGGCCUUCUGGGACCUGGCCAAGAUGAAGAUCCUUCACCUGGACUACAACAGCCUGAGGGAAGUGAACAGCGGCUCGCUGUACGGCCUGAGCUCCCUGCAGCAGCUCUUCCUCAGCAACAACUCCAUAGCCCACAUCAACCCGGACGGGUGGAAGUUCUGCCAGAAGCUCCGGGAAUUGAAUCUGUCGUACAAUAACUUGACCCGUCUGGACGAGGGCAGUCUGGCCGUGCUGGGGGACCUCCACAGCCUGCGUCUGGGACACAACUCCAUCAGCCACGUCGCUGAGGGCUCCUUCCGAGGCCUCAAGUCUCUGCGUGUUCUGGAGCUGGACCAUAACGACAUCUCGGGAACAAUUGAAGACACCAACGGGGCCUUCUCUGGACUGGAUAGCCUCAACCGACUAACUCUGUUUGGGAACAAGAUCAAGUCGGUGGCCAAGAAAGCCUUCUCUGGCCUGGAUACGCUGGAGCACCUGAACCUUGGAGAGAACACUAUCCGCUCCAUUCAGCCAGACGCCUUCAGUAAGAUGAGGAGCCUUAAGAUGCUGUUUCUGCAGAGCGACAGCUUCCUGUGUGACUGCCAGCUGCAGUGGCUGCCCGAGUGGCUGACCGCCCGCCGGCUGCAAACGGGGGUCAACGCCACCUGCGCCCACCCCGAGACCCUGAAGGGAACCAGCAUCUUCCACGCCCCGGCCACCAGCUUUGUGUGCGACGACCUCCCCAAGCCCCAGAUCACGGUGCAUCCCUCCACCACGGUUACGGUGUUGGGCAGCGACGUGGGCCUCACGUGCACAGCCGCCAGCAGCAGCUCCUCUCCCGUCACCUUCGCCUGGCGCAAGGACCAGGAGCUGCUGCCCAACGGGGACAUGGAGAACUUCGCCCGGGCGUCUGACGCCAACAACGACAGCCCCCCGCAAGCUGCCGCCGCCGCCGCUGACACCGGGGCCUCCGCCCACGUCGUCGUCGGAGGCAACAGCGUGAUGGAGUACACCACCAUCCUCCACCUGCGCCACGCGACCUUUGCCCACGAGGGCCGCUACCAGUGCAUCAUCACCAACCACUUUGGCUCCUCCUACUCCAACAAGGCCCGCCUCACCGUCAACGUCCUGCCGUCCUUCCUGAAGAUGCCGCGGGACAGCACCAUCCGCACGGGCCAGACGGCGCGGCUGGAGUGUGCCGCCGAGGGCCACCCCUCCCCCCAGAUCGCCUGGCAGAAGGACGGCGGCACCGACUUCCCCGCCGCCCGCGAGCGCCGCAUGCACGUCAUGCCCGACGACGACGUCUUCUUCAUCACCGACGUGAAGCCCGAGGACAUGGGCGUGUACAGCUGCACCGCGCGCAACACGGCCGGCCUGGUGUCCGCCAACGCCUCGCUCAGCGUGCUCGAACCCCCCCACCUGGCCCAGGAGCUGACGGAUCACACGGUCGCCGUGGGCGACACGGUGGCGCUGCAGUGCAAGGCGCUGGGCAGCCCGCCGCCGCGCGUCUCCUGGCUGCACAACGACCAGCCGCUGCGGCCCUCGGACCACCUGCACUUCACCCCCGGCAACCAGCUGCUGGUGAUCGGCGCGGCGCGUCCCGAGGACGCCGGCCGCUACACCUGCCUGAUGUCCAACACGCUGGGCACGGAGCGCGCCCACAGCCAGCUGCAGGUCAGCCGGGACCAGGGGCCCUGCGCCGCCGCCAGCACGGUCACCAUCGGCAUCAUCGUCAUCGCCGUGGUGAUCAGCAUCGUGGCCACGUCGCUGGUGUGGGUGUGCAUCAUCUACCAGACGCGCAAGAAGAGCGAGGAGUGCAGCGUCACCAACACAGACGAGACCAUCGUUCCCCCCGACGUGCCCAGCUACCUGUCGUCCCAGGGCACGUUGUCCGAGAGACAGGACGUGUGUAUAAAGGUGGAGUCCGGGGGCGGGCCCCAGCCCAACGGACACAUAGACCCCACAGGGUUCGAUGGCACGGUGGUGUGCGCCGACUGCUUGGAGAACGGCAACAGCUACUCCCGGGAGGACUACCUGGGCCGGGGCUUUGACCCGGCCGCCUCAGAGUACCAGCAGCUCCCCAUGACCCAGCACUACCUCCACCCCCACCCCCACCCGCAUCAGCACACACACCCCCACCACGCGGGGCAGCAAGAGGCCCUCUGCAACGGGACCCCCAACGGGAUCCGGAGGGACGCGCAGGCGACUACGUUUCCGAGAAACCACGGAACGUCACAACACAACCACAGCGAUCGAGAAGGUUCGUUAUCGGGCAGGACGGACGUGCCAUCGCAGGACGGCUCCUACCACCCCCACAACCACCACCCACCCCACUACCACACACUGGUCAAGCCGGCCGUGGACACUGACCGUGACACUGAGCUCCGGCGGGCUCUGCUGCCCAACGGACACUCUCUCAGGGCCUCUCAGAGUGAGAGCGCCCCCUUAAGGAGGGCCAGCGACUAGCAGCAGCUUCAUCUUUGCACUGGGAAUAGAACCGCUACCUCAAAUUGAGGCCUAUGCCCGCCCCCCACCCCCACCACACCCCAUCCCUGGAUCCAACCCACCCCCCCCAACCCCGGCAAAGAUUUGGGGAAAUGGAGAGGGAGGAAGAGGAGGAGAAGGGGUGGCACUCCGGAAUUUGAAGGCGGAGCUUGUGUGGGUGGCGCCCCAUCUGAGCGUGUUACGUUAAGAACCUUCCCCUGGGAGGUGACCAAUUUAAAUCCUACAUCCAAAUAAUGUGACUUGCAUUUGAAGCAUGCAAAUGUAGGGAAUAUUGUACAGUAUGCGUGUGUGUGCAGGAGGAAGCGAGAGGAAAAAAACAAUGAACUUUACCUUUUGGACAUUUGGCUGUACAUAAGAGUUUUCUUAUAUUAUAUAACUUUUACAAGAGAGAAUUGAAUUUAUUCUGUGCAUGAUGGACAGAAGUGAUGGGAUUAUUUGUAUUUUCCAAAAAAACAAGCCCUUUUCAGCUUUUACCAGAUUCUGCUGCGGUGCCUUAUUGCAUGAUCAAAGAAAACGAGAAAAAUCGGACAUGGCAUAAAAGUCUUGCGUCAACAGGCAUUUGAUGUGGUUGUUAGCGAAGUCAACAAUUAUACAUUCAGUCGUCACCAUGGAAACAUUUGAACGUGCGUUGACAUAUGGUACAGAAAAAAACUCUGUCACUCACUGCUGUCAAAAUGAAGGAAGAGCUUCCACGUAAAGAUGUUGCUACACUGACGAGAUGGUACGAGACACAUAUGGGGUCAAAUAAUACCAUUUUAUUUUCAAGCACUUUUUUGUACCGAUAACACAUCUGAAACCUGCUAAGUAAGCAGGUCUGCCAAUCGUUUGUCCGGGUUUUUCGGGAGGCAGACGCCACCGACGCUGGCAGAGUUCACACCACUUGUUUUUUAUACGGAACCAUAAAGCUCUUCCAAGUGUUUCUAGAUAGCAGAACGUUCCUGUGAGGCUUCAGCGAUUCGCCUUGCACCACCUGGAGCGCACGGCUCUCAACCACGCAUCCUGUUACCUUCUGCAUUCUGGCCAGAGCCGCCUAACCUUGGCACGGGUUCGAGACCAGAUGUGGGGCGCAAACUCAGAACCAGCUAAAGCCUUCCACCAGCUCUGAAAGGGAACGGAUUUCUCUCUCGCUAUUCAAUACGGGAGGAAACCGAAUUCCUAGUAGUCCAUUACAUUUAGUUAUCUUGCCUGUCGAGGGUUGCAUUUGUUGCUCUAGAAACACAUUGUAGCAAACGUUGACUUUUAAGGUUCACAUGAGAACCGUUUUAAGGAUUCUGGUGUCAUACUUUAAUGUAAGAGUAAUUUUGUUACUGCUGUUACGUAGCCUCAACAGUCGUGCUGUGCGUUUCUAGAACGAAAAAUGGCAGUAUUAAGCCAUUUUUGGUCUGAACACCAUCUGGUAACAAUACUGUAAUGGCAUACUGUCAUUGCCCCGGCAGGGACGGUAUGUUUCGUGUUUAGGGAGGAACAAUAGUUGCAGAAGAGUUUAACUCUGUGCACUAUGUUGGACAAAAUUUACUCGAACCAAACCAAGGCUUUCAAAUACCCCCGUUCAGAACACAAUGGUACCUGAAUCCCACUCGGUCCUGAGACAACGUGAAUGUUGAAAGAUGAUUACAUUGUCUAAUGUAUAUGUGUGUUUUGCCAGUGUGCUCUUUCUGUUUUGUGUACAGUCGCCAGUGGCCUUAUCAGGGGGCUUUGGGAGGGUUGGUUUGAGGACACACUUCUCUGGUUACAUGUGAUUUUGGUGCCUAUCAGAUCGCUGGAUUUACCAGUGAGACCAAUCAGAGGUCCCCGUUGGGAAAAAUGGUCCUAGUGUAUCUAGGUAUGAAAACAAAGGGACAUGCUGUAUUGAGGUGCAGUCCACUUUCACAGUAAUUUAUUGUUAACAGACUGUCUGAAACCAUUGAUCCGAUGUCAAAGCUAAAACAUUUAUGCGUCUAACAUGGCAUUGAAGUGGCUAAUAAAAUCAUGUUUUGCUA